UGACAGUGGUAGUUGUAGGUUAUGUUGAUAUUUUGUUUUCAAAAAUUUUUUGAAAAAAACAGAUAUAAAGGUAAUUCAAAAUAUAUCAAUAUUUAUAUUUAGAAACAACGAAGUAAUUUUAGAUUCUUUGAGUCUAUAAUUGUGACAGUUUUGUUUAAAUAUUAGAAUACACAAUGCAGAAAAUAUUAAGAGGUGGAACCCAAAUAAGGCUCCUUUCAACAACAGUCGAUAGUCAAGAAAUGGCACAUUUUAAAAAAUAUGUCAACUAUUGGUGGGAUGAAUUCGGACAAGUAAAACCACUACAUGCUAUGAAUAAAAUUCGGAUACCUUGGAUUAGAGAUUCACUUAUUAGUGGAAAAAGAGUUGAAGAUCCUGCUUUUCCAUUAAAGGGCUAUUCAGUUUUAGAUGUAGGUUGUGGAGGUGGUAUUUUAACCGAACCCUUAGCAAAAAUAGGAGCUGAUGUGACAGGCCUCGAUGCCAACGAAGACUUGAUAAAAUUAGCCCAAUCACAUGCUCGUCUCAACAACCUAAACAUCAAUUAUAUCACAUCGUCUAUAGAAAACCAUGCCCUAGAAGCCUGUGAAAAGUAUGAUGCUCUGGUUGCAUCAGAGGUCGUAGAGCAUGUCACACAAAAAAGCGAAUUCGUUGAAGCGUGUGUAAAUUGUCUGAAGCCUAACGGUAAAAUCUUCAUAACGACUAUUAAUAAAACGUGGCAAGCUAAUGUAUUUGGAAUAAUUAUUGCUGAGAAUAUAGUAAGAGAGAUACCGCAAGGAACGCACCAGUAUGAAAAAUUCGUAUCGCCACAUGAAUUACAAAGGAUGCUGGAGGAUUGUAAUUGUCGAACAGAACUAGUCCAUGGAAUGUUUUACAAUAUUAUCAGCAAUAAUUGGCACGUGUGCUCUGAUGAUUCAGUUAAUUAUGCCCUUAUAGCGAUUAAAUUACCUAAGAGUUGUUAGAUUUAUUUAUUUAAAUAAAAGUUGAUAGUUUUUGUUUUAUAA